UUUUUCUUUGUUUUUGGGUUAAAGUCUGAAUUUUCUAGUUUUCACUCAGGUUGCACCAAAAAUAAAAUCACUCCACAUUUAAUAAUCUCUCUCUCUCUCUCUCUCUCUCUGGAAAAGGACCCCUCUCUCUCCCCAUCCCAUCACAAUCUCCAUCUUCAUCUCCAUCCUUGUGUCUUCUUGUAUAAAGAUAAUCCCACAAGAGUGAAAACUAUUCCCUUCUCUCUUUUUUUCUCUUCACCAUGACUGAUCCUUAUUCCAAUUUCUUCACGGGCUGGUUCAAGUCCAAUCCCUUUCACCACUACCCUAAUUCCUCAACUAGCCCUUCGCCUCCUCCUCCUCACUCUUCUUUCUUCUUCCCUCACUCCGGCGACCUCCACCGUCCACCGCCAGCACCAACUCCUCCUCCUUCCCCUCCUCUCCGUGAAGCCCUCCCUCUCCUCAGCCUCAGCCCCGCCAACAAACAACAACACCACCAUGACCAUCAAAUUCAAGAACCACCUUCAAUCUCCAUGGAUGUUGACUACGAUCAUCAUCACCAUCAAGAUGAUCAUAACCUCGAUGACCAUGACCAUGACGUCACCGUUGCUCUUCACAUAGGCCUUCCAAGCCCUAGUCCUCAAGAUAUGGCCUCUUUGCUCAUGAUGUCUUCUUCCUCCUCUUCCUCGAGGCCCACUACUCACUAUCUUGAGGACAUGAACGGAAAGAAAGAUCUUGACAACGACUACCAUCAAGGCGGCGUUGGAGGAGGAGAAGAUGACGAUGAAGAUUCAGUCGGUGGAGACGGCGGAUGUAGAAUAAGCAGACUCAACAAGGGUCAAUAUUGGAUCCCUACACCUUCUCAGAUUCUCAUUGGCCCUACUCAGUUCUCUUGUCCUGUUUGCUUCAAAACCUUCAACAGAUACAACAACAUGCAGAUGCAUAUGUGGGGACAUGGAUCACAAUACAGAAAAGGACCCGAAUCUCUAAGAGGGACGCAGCCAACUGGAAUGCUGAGGCUUCCGUGCUACUGCUGCGCACCAGGCUGUCGCAACAACAUUGACCAUCCAAGGGCAAAGCCUCUGAAAGACUUCAGAACACUUCAAACACAUUACAAGAGGAAACAUGGAAUCAAGCCAUUCAUGUGUAGGAAAUGUGGAAAGGUUUUUGCGGUUCGAGGGGACUGGAGAACACAUGAGAAGAAUUGUGGUAAGCUUUGGUAUUGUAUUUGUGGAUCUGAUUUCAAGCACAAGCGAUCUCUGAAAGAUCACAUCAAGGCUUUUGGAAAUGGCCAUGGAGCUUAUGGCAUUGAUGGGUUUGAUGAAGAGGAUGAGCCUGCCUCUGAGGUAGAACAAUUAGACAAUGAUCAUGAGUCAAUAUCCAAAUAGUUAUAAAUUAGUAUAAGUACUUAGUUUUCAGUAUAUAUAUUAAUUCUAAGAAUGCCUAAAACUAUGGACCACGUUUUGAUGGAGGUAGGGCUUAUCUAGUAAGAGCUAUAUGAUCAUCUAAAUGGUCAUAUACCAAAAAAUGAUCAGGAUCACUUGGAAAAUUUCAAAAAUGUAUCUCUGGCUUUCUACUUAAAUUUUAUUACAACGCAAUGUAUAACUCCAAAUAAUGGGGUUCUCCACGGUCUCUACCUUGCUUAUGUAUUAUAUUGGAAUUAAUUCACUUUUCGUUUCCAAGGAAAUAAAUCAUAAACGUUUGACCUA